AUGCAAAAACAACUCACUUCACCGAAAAAACGUAAGAUACUAGUAUUAAGUGGUGGGACCGCAACCAAUUCAUUAAUAGAUACAUGUUUUAAUCAAUACGCUAAUCCUAAUUGUCCCAAUAGUGCAAAAAUAACCUAUAUAUUACCCGUUUCAGAUAACGGCGGCUCCACGAGCGAAAUAUUAAGGGUUAUUGGUGGUCCAGCAAUAGGUGAUAUAAGGAGCAGAAUAAUAAGGUUGAUUGACGAGACUAAAGAGCCAUUUUUAGUCAAUUUUCUAAGCUACAGAUUGCCUACUGACUCCACUACAGCCAAGUUGGAAUGGAAUUCUAUAGUAGAUGGUACGCAUGAAUUAUGGAAUACGAAAACUACCAACAUAUCAUUAAAGGAAGUUUGUAGAAGUUUUUUAUGUUAUGUCCAUAUGGAAUUAUUAAAAAGAUCAUCGUUUAAAAGGGGCAACAGUAGUACACGAAAUUUCAAUUUCAGCAAUGGAUGUGUGGGCAAUUUAUUCUUAACUGGAUGUAGGUUAAUGUUAGGCUCUUUGAACGCAGCUAUCGAAUUAAUGGUUAGAUUGUGCAAAAUAGAUCAAGAGUUUGUUGAAAUUUUACCAUGUAUCAAUACUAAUCACACACAUCAUAUUGCCGCUUUAUUGGAAAAUGGUCAACUUAUAAUUGGCCAAUCACAAAUCUCACAUCCCGUUUCAAAUAGUGGCAUAUUAAACAACAGUACCUUAAGCACAUCGGCGCAACAAAUAAACAAUGACGACGACGACGACGAAGAAGAAGAAGAGGAAGAAGAUUAUGCUAAUCCCACUUAUAUUCAUCCAGCUCUAAAAAUGUCUCAAUUAAACUUCACUAAAGACAUCUGGCACAGCAAUAGUAGUGGUACUAACACUAGUGUGCACAAAAAUGAAUUAUUACCUUGUCCUAUCAAAAAAAUAUUUUACAUUAACCCAUAUGGCGAAAUUAUCCAUCCCAUAAGUAAUCCAAGUUGUAUUUCAAGUAUAAAUAAUAGCGAUUGUAUAAUAUAUUCUAUUGGCUCAGUAAUGACUAGUUUGUUACCCAUACUAAUACUAAGUAACAUCGCCGAAAGUAUCCUUAACGAUGAUGGUAACAAGAGAAAAAAAAUAUUAUUAGUCAAUGGUUCGUAUGAUAGAGAAACCGUACAGUUUAAUAACAACAACAGCAGCACAAUCCCUACAACCAAGAAUGUUAAUGAAUACAUCGAGAUGAUUGUCACCUCCGUGUAUGACGCCUAUUACUAUAAGCAUCCAAAAAAUAGAACCCAGGGAGACGGGGUGAAAAAUGAAAUAUGGAAUAAAGUUAUUACAGAUGUUAUAUAUCUAGAAAAUGGCGAGAUAUUAAUAGAUGACCUAGAUCUGACUAAAAAUAGAAAAAUAAAGUGCCAUAAAAUAAAUGGAGUCAAUCCCGGCAUUUACGACGGUGCCGUUUUAUAUAAAACAUUGCGAACUAUAUUAGAAUAA